AGCUGGUUGGUGAGCUAAGUAAGCUGGUGCGAUGUUUAGCAGCUUGCUGCUCUACGAUCAGUUCAAUGGUACACCUCGUGCGCGAUUGUAUAUAAUUUAGCGUGAGUGUUUGAAUAAACUACAGGAAGCAGUUUCGCGAAUUCAUUGUAUUGUAAAUUUUGUGAUUUUGUACAAUUUUUGUAAAAGAAAAACAUAGAAGUUUUAUUGUUUUGUUAACAAAAUAGUUGCCCUGGAAUGUACUAUACGUAUGUAUGUAUGUGUGUGUGCAGCUAUGACGGACAAAGUCAGAAAAUUAAAGCAGCGAACAAAGUAAAGCAUUGAUACGCAUAAUAAAAAAUAAUAGAAUAACCAAACUAGCAAAACUAAAUGGGUGGAAAAAAACGUGAAAUGAAAUAUAAAAUGUUUGAAACAAAUUUGGUUUGCAAAUGAUGGUGCGCAGACAGUGAAGAACUCAACAGAAAAUAAUUUUUUUAAUGCAACUAAUAAGCGUAAAAAGUACGUAAUACGCGCUCGUAACUUGUGAGCGUUCGUACGCUAAGUAAUUCCAGUUACUCAACAUCUACCCAUAGUGACGGACGGUGGUUCUAUUCAUACGGGUUAACUGCUAAACGGCAAACGCAAACAGCGCGAAUCGCAGUCUAUUCAGUGUCAAAACUCAUUGCAAGUGACAUACAAAUACACAUAGAAAACGUGCAAUUCAUACGUACAUACGAAAAACAAAAAAAAACUGUUCUUUCGAGCAUUCGCAUAUACAUAUGUAUGUAUGUGUGUACUACAAACGUGUCUAAUUAGUCCUCAACGAUAAGCUCGAUUAUUCAAUUAAAAUUUUUCGCUUUACUCGCACUCCACUUAACGCUUAUCGGCGGCGCGUCAAAACGUUUGCUUCAUUAAUUACUACUGCGGCUACUGCUGUUGCUAAAAAUAGUGUGGCGCAAAAACAACUCAAGCGUUAUUUAUUAAUAAAAGUUAAUAUGCCAGAUUUGUCGCAAGACGUUUUCGAAAUACAAAAUCCCAUCUCAUCAACGCCGUUGUCAACGCGAUCCUCAUCGUCCAAUAGUGUCGUCUCGCAAACAGCAGCAAACGGUAGCUGGAAUAUGAAUGGUAGUGGCGGCGAUGGCAGCGGUGGCAGCGGUGGCGGUGGCGGUGGCUCAGUUAGCACCCUAUCUGUGCCUGGCCAACAGCAGGAAGUGUUGCCUCACAAUGGCGCACAUGGGGAGAUGCCGCAUCAGGGCUACAAGCGUGAGUUGGAUCACAGGUGAGUUUGUAGUAAAAGGGAGAAGGGGGAGAAAAAACGAAAUUUGAAAGAUAAUAAAUAUACUGUGAAAUACGCUAUUACUUUUGUGGGUUCGAGUUUCUAAAAUUUGACAUAUAUAAUCCGUAUCUUCUUCUGCUUGAUUGGCGCGGUGACCGCUUAAGCGAUUUUGAAGGAGUUUUGCUAAUCGACAUCAAGUUGGACACACCAAGUGGAGCGCAAAGUCUUUCUCCAGCUGAUCUUUCAGAGAAGACAUCCGAGGAUUUACUUGCUUUUUCACUGGGGAGGAUUUAUAUGUGGCGGGUCUCAAACCCAGCGCACAACCAGAUAUACUGGGCUUUUUUGCCUUCUCGCAUUAGUUUGCUCCCAUACGGAAAGAUACCCAGAGGAUACAUGGUCGAAGUUGCUCGAAAGUUGUGAGCUGCUUGAGCCGUGUGCAGAGGAAUCGUCCCAGCGAAACUCCCAAGGGAAAGGCGAUCAAAGACUUUCCCCACUUGCGUGAAUUUCUACACACGGAACAAUCCUCCGUUAUUGUUUUUUAAAUCCAUAUUUAGAGCAAAAUAUGUACGUCAAUUGUACCCGCAUAAAAACUUCAUGACUUCUAUUUUGAUGAAAUUUUAUGAAGAUGCUCUACUAUACUAUAAAUUUUGCGAUUGGGGGCGGGUGGCAAAAUUAAGUGGCUGCCGUGAUGUAAAAACUUCAAUUUUUUGUGCAAGUAUUUUUUCUUCUAAUUGUUGUCGCUGC